AUGAGCAUAUUUUUACUAAAUUUACCAUAUAAUUAUAAUAGUCUAGCGAACUUUUGUGAAAUAUGUGUGUUGCUGCAGUAGUGGAAAGAAUAAAUGCAGUGCGUCGCAUAGAUAAUGCUUUUUGCCUCGGCGUUCGACCAGACCCACUUCACCCCUACCUUUUAUGCGAUUGUGAUCGGUCGCGAAUGCUAAUGCGAGUUUCGUUGAAUUAACUGAAGCAAUGGGCACAAUAUCAUCGGUGUUACAGUGGUCCUGCGAUAAAUGUAAUACCAUUAAUCCAACAGAAUCAUUGAAAUGCUACAACUGCGGCACGGUGCGCAAGGUGUUUCCAAGUCCUACCACAACACUACGCAGCCAACAGAACUGGCAAAAUGAAAGUGUCAACAGCACGAAUUGGAUACAUCAACAAAAUGAACACCUAGUUGUGGAAGCUGAAGUAACGCCGACAACAUCUGUCGGAUUUGAUGUGAGCGGCGGUGGCAAUGAGACUCAGAUAUUAGGAAUAUUAGCCGAUAAGAGCAAAGUUGUGGCAAGAAAUGAAUACAAACACGUGUAUAAGUCUCUUCUACGAGGUUGUUUAAAACGGCCUCAGCGUAAUAGCCAGAAUUUACCUGCUAAUUGUGUCGACUGCGAAGAGACGCGCAAAUACAUAAAGAAUUCCAUUGAGCUGUAUCGGCAUUUCUCGAAUCCAGCACUUAAUCGCCGUUGGAUUUGCCACGAGUGUGAUACGGACAACAACUCAGUGACAUGGCAUUGUGUGAUUUGCGACACAGUUAGCUACUUAGCGCCCAUCUACAAAGAGGCGUUGUGCACGCGCAGGCAGCUGCACAAUGAUAACACUGACAUAGGACACGAGCAACAAGCCGCCACGCAAGACUUCAACAGCGAUCAAAAGCAAAAACAGCAACUGCUUCAACAGCAGCAAUUUCAUCACCUUCCUUACCAUCCCGAUGAGCAUCAACAUUCCUAUGAGCGCAAUAAUAAACGGAAUGGGAGAAGUCGCAAAUACUCAUUCUAUCGACGCACUCAAAGUCUAACCACAUCAAUAGACAAGACGUCACAGACAGGGCGUAGUUGUCACAUUUGUUACGUAAACAAUCAGAGCAAGGAUAUAUUCAAUCUGCCACAUGCUGUAGACGCAAGCGUUGGCUUUAUGCACAGCUACAAUCGCAAUGAAAACGAAGAAAAAACAAAAGUAGUAACGGCAAAGGCUGAUAUCGAAUUUGGCCCUAAGUUGCCUACCGCCGUUUGCAGCAAUUCACGAUUUGCCAUUGCCAAUGACACUUUCUGUCGACGCAAGCAGAAUAAUAACAACAAGAAUCAAAAUAAUAAAAACCGCGAGGGCUGCACCAAAAAGAAAUACAACUUUACUAUUACAACGUUAUCACGCUCGGCAAAAGUAGCCCUGUGUGUAACUAAUGAAUCAAGCGGUGGAGCUUCUGCUUUAAGUGCUGGAGUUGAAACCACCGAGGCAGGCAUCAUAUUCCCAUCUACAACACAGCAAGCAACAAAGACCACUGUAAGACAAAACGUACAGGGAGGUGGCGUAGGCGCACCUGCAGAUUUAAAGAGCAAUUCCGAGGCUUUGGACGUAGUAAAAGAGAUAGGACGGACCACGCAAUUUACCAUACCACGUAAUGGCGUAUUUAUUGCGGUUAAUGAGUGGGCGGAGCCAACGCGCAUAGCAGCAACCGUCAGUAAUAAAAGCAAAGUAACGCAUUGUGAUACGACUGCACAAGUGAACAAUAACAACAAUUGUAGCAGCAAAAUUAAUCAGCAGCUGUAUGAGAAUGAAUGUGUGGCUAUUGCACAGCAGAUGAAAGCGGCUGCUGCCACCAGUGCUACAGCCAUCUCCGCAGUCGCAUCGACCACUUUGGAACAACAGCCACCGAUUUAUUCGCAGGUCAACAAACAGUACAAGAUCAAAAAGAAACUUGAUGCUAAGAAAUGCGAUAACAACGCGAACAAUAAUAACCUGCAUUGUGUGGCUAUCGACAUAACCGAUAACAGCGAGUCAGCUGGAGCGAUCAAAAAUAUUGCAGACAGUAUGGAGAGCAGUGAAGCCCUUAGCCGUGGCUUAAGUGAUUCAAUCGGUAGCGAAAUUGAUUUGGGGUUACCACCUAAAAGCACAGAAUCAUCUGCGACGCCUGCCUUAACGGAACUUAAUGCCUCAGAACAUUCCAUCUACGCCAAAGUGUGGAAGGGACCGCGUAAAUCAACUGAAUCGAAAAUCACAAAUGAGCCAAGCAACCGCCUGAUCGUAACUUCAGCAUCAACAGCCGCUUCCUCCUCGUGUUUGUCAUCGUCUUCGGCGCAGGUGUUGCCCACACGCUGCUUUGACAAUAAACCUUCGCCUAAUAGUCGAAAGAUGUGGACGUGCAUCAAAUGUUCCUAUGCCUACAAUCGUAUGCGGGUCGAUUGUUGUGAAAUCUGCUAUACGUUGCGCAGUUCACCUUCACUGCCAGUCGGCUCCGUUUCUGCCACCGCCACCGCAAGUGGUGCCAGCUCUAGUCAGAGCCACAAUGUACCAGAUAAUGCCUUGCCAAAUCCGGAGCAAGCUCUUUUCAAUGCUGCCAUCGUGGAGAAACGCACCGACGAGCCCUGGACGUGCAAGAAAUGCACGCUGGUUAAUUACUCAACAGCCAUGGCAUGUAUUGUCUGUGGUGGCUCCAAAUUAAAGAGCAUAUCUUCCAUAGAAGAUAUGACGCUGCGGAAGGGUGAAUUUUGGACCUGCAGCCACUGCACACUUAAGAACUCGCUGUCCACGGGCAUGUGCAGCGCCUGUAAAGCGAUUCGUCUACUACCCGUAGACUCGGUGCGCGAGCGUCCAGAUGGUCAAUCGUAUGAGGACCAACUACGUCUGCCUCAACAUGGUAUCGCGGAUAAAACGACGGCAGCGCUGCUACCGGUCGCUGAGGCCAAAACGCCUACAAUGCAGAUGCUGAAGACCGCGCAACAGUUGCAGCUGCCACCUGCUCCAAUUCAGCGCACCUCACGCAGUCCAUCGCCACGUGGAGCUCCAAGCUCUGGACAGCCCCGCAGCUCAUCAGGCGCAAUACCCAAGCGUCAUAGCACCGGUGGCUCAAUAGUGCCACGCAACACAUCUAUAGCUGGUGUUGGCAUGGCUCAGCCUGCCUCCUCAUAUAACAUACGGCAGUCUGGCACUCCUGGUAAUAGUGAUGGUGGGCUGCUUAGAAAAUGGCAAUGCCCCGCCUGCACCUACGAAAACUGUGCUGCGUGUGUUGUUUGCGACAUAUGUUCUAGCCCACGCGGUCUAAUUAACACAGUAAUGACGGACCCGAUGACAUGCAAGUCUAUUCGUAUGGCGCUUACCGACAUAAAGCAGGAGAGCAAGCUGAUGGAAAACCUGCGACAAAUCGAGGAGACAGAAGCUCGCACGAAGUGGGAAUACAUUAUCCAAUACUGUCGGGACACCAAUGAACUCUUCGUCGACGACUCGUUUCCGCCAGCGCCGAAGAGCCUCUACUACAAUCCGGGCAGCAGCGCCGCCGACGGAAAUCCGGUGGUGCAGUGGCGCCGUCCUCAUGAGAUUAACUGCGAUGGUGGCGCUUAUCCUCCGUGGGCGGUCUUUCGCACACCGCUGCCCUCAGAUAUUUGUCAGGGUGUGCUAGGGAAUUGCUGGUUACUGAGCGCGCUGGCCGUGCUUGCUGAGCGUGAAGAUUUAGUUAAAGAGGUGCUUGUAACUAAGGAGAUAUGCACACAGGGUGCCUACCAGGUACGCCUCUGUAAGGAUGGAAAGUGGACGACAGUGCUGGUAGAUGAUCUACUGCCCUGCGACAAGCGUGGUCAUCUGGUAUACUCUCAGGCCAAGCGGAAACAGUUGUGGGUCCCGCUGAUCGAGAAAGCCGUGGCCAAGAUUCAUGGCUGCUAUGAGGCUCUGGUAUCAGGGCGCGCUAUUGAAGGCCUGGCCACACUGACGGGUGCGCCCUGUGAAAGUAUACCACUUCAAGCCAGUUCACUGCCCAUGCCCAGUGAGGAUGAGCUGGACAAGGAUCUCAUUUGGGCACAGCUGCUGAGCUCACGUUGCGUGCGUUUUUUAAUGGGAGCAAGCUGCGGGGGCGGCAACAUGAAAGUGGACGAGGAGGAGUACCAACACAAGGGAUUGCGCCCGCGUCACGCAUACUCGGUGCUGGAUGUGAAGGACAUACAGGGGCAUCGGUUGUUGAAGCUCCGCAACCCAUGGGGCCACUACUCAUGGCGUGGCGAUUGGUCCGACGAUUCGACACUUUGGACUGAUGAGCUGCGUGAUGUACUUAUGCCACACGGAGCCUCCGAGGGCGUCUUCUGGAUAUCGUUCGAGGACGUGCUCAGCUACUUUGACUGUAUUGACAUAUGCAAAGUGCGCUCCGGCUGGAACGAGGUGCGUUUGCAGGGGACCUUGCAACCUUUAUGCUCCAUAUCUUGCGUACUGCUCACUGUACUUGAACCGACCGAGGCGGAAUUCACACUUUUUCAGGAAGGCCAACGUAACUCGGAGAAGUCCCAACGUUCUCAAUUGGAUUUAUGUGUUGUGAUAUUUCGAACGCGGUCGCCAGCAACCCCUGAAAUUGGGCGGCUCGUGGAACACAGCAAACGCCAGGUACGAGGCUUCGUCGGCUGUCACAAGAUGCUAGAGCGGGACAUCUAUUUGCUAGUGUGUUUAGCAUUUAACCACUGGCACACGGGCAUCGAAGAUCCUCAUCAGUACCCACAAUGCAUUUUGGCCAUUCACAGUUCGAAGCGCCUGCUGGUAGAGCAGAUUAGUCCCUCGCCCCAUUUACUGGCUGACGCGAUUAUUAGCCUUACCCUUACAAAGGGUCAGCGCCAUGAGGGACGCGAGGGCAUGACAGCAUAUUAUUUAACAAAGGGUUGGGCUGGUCUAGUUGUAAUGGUCGAGAAUCGUCACGAGAACAAGUGGAUUCAUGUCAAAUGUGAUUGCCAGGAGAGCUAUAAUGUUGUCUCGACGCGCGGCGAGCUCAAGACAGUGGACUCGGUGCCGCCCCUUCAGAGGCAAGUCAUAAUUGUGCUUACCCAACUAGAGGGCAGUGGCGGCUUUAGCAUUGCCCAUCGACUGACGCAUCGCUUGGCGAACUCACGAGGUCUGCACGACUGGGGGCCACCAGGGGCAACGCACUGCCCGCCGAUUGAAAAUGUGCACGGCCUCCAUGCACCACGUUUAAUAACAUAAACAAAUGUGGAUAUUAUUAGUUCUACAUAAUGCUUCGGUUAAACAGAUUCCCUUUGAUCAUUUAUGAAUUAUAUUUUAAUAAUUUA